UCUUGCAGUAGGAGCCGGUUGGGAUAUUUUGGAACUAUGCGAGGGAUGGGGCAUAUGCGUUUUUCCAAAGCCUAUGGGUAUCAGCUUCGGUUGUAGUCUUGCAGUAGGGCCACUGAAUAUUUUAUAUUUUACCAAUUGA